GCAGAUUGAAGAUGCUCUCUACGUCUUGCAAACUUCCCGAGGACUGGUACGAGCUUGAAGCUGCGGACGCGAGACACGCGACGGCCCUUCUCUGUUGUGGACCGUUGGCAUCGGCCAUUGGUCCCUGUAAGCUGAGCUUAUUUUCAUUGCUGUGCAGUAGGAGCGGCAUCUGCAGCUCUCCAUCAACGUGAUGGAGACAUGCUUCCUGGAUCCCGGAAGCUCCCAGGUUCCAAAUAAAACUCUCCAAGCUAUAUAUUCAUAUCAUGCUUCUCCCCCUAUGAAUAUCUACCACAUCCUGAGCCACUAAUCUUCUCGAAACUUCCAUUCGUCCCAACCUAGUACCCAUUCAGCCCUACCAACAGCGGUUCAGUAAGACAAUCUAUUCCCUUCUUAGGCAGUCACAUUUUGUCAACCCGCACCGAGACCUUCAACGAACCUCGAUCCUUCUACCUCCACACCACGCUACCUUUACCACACGAUGGACUCGUACAACCCAGAUAUGGAGAUCGACUCUGUGGAGACCCAGCUUCCAGUAACCCGGCCAGCACCAUCACGAAGGAACACCGACAAGCCUCCGAAGCUUCGGUCCUCUUGCGAUAUCUGUGCUAAUGCCAAAGUCAAAUGCGAUAGAGAACGUCCGGUCUGCCAGCGCUGCAUAAAUUCUGGCAUGAGAUGCAACUAUAGUGUGUCUCGACGCAUGGGAAAGCCACCACGAAAGGACGCCAAUGGGAACCCAAUGCCUAAGAAGUCGGACGCUAAGAACGCUGAGCGAAGGUCAAGCACUCUAUCCACCCCAGAGCGUGAUUCGAAACAAUCUCUUCUCGACGAGCAGCAACUAGGCGAAAUUCCAGAUCCUCUUCAGGACACGGCUUUCGAAAAUUCCUUACUUAAUUUCGACCACACACCCGCUUUGCCUUGGCAUGAUCUUAAUUUCAUGUCUGAUCCUAAUAACUUUGGCUCCAAUGACAGUUUUCUGUCCUCGUCUGCCCUUCUGGCCCUGGAAAGUUCCAUGAACUUUAUGGAUAGUUGGGGCUCUGUCGACCAAGGCAAUGACCUUACUCGCGUCUCCAGUUCCUCCGAGACGUUUUCCGAUGCCGAACUUAAAGGUUUUACCUACCCGGCCGAACCCUCGCCAUCACCAUCUCCAUCAACGACCCGAGGCCUAGGCCAAGCUCGAUAUCCACAUCAUCCACAACAUCCUGUUCACGGAAGGAAAGAAUCUUGUAGUAACCUGGCUAGCACCACGCUUCAGAGUCUACAUCUCCCGCAAAACUUCUGUCAAUCCAACCCAACUAGUGCGCCAAGUGGGCCAACUCCAGCGUCAAUUGACCAGGUCCUUGCAACCAACAGAAAAGCUAUUCAAGUAUUCAACCAAUUGCUCCAAUGUCCUUGCUCCAGCAACUCAGGACUCGUUCUAGCCCUUUCCCUUAUCAUUCUGAAGAUACUCUCUUGCUACAGCGCCAUUGGUCGAAGCACAACCUCCCGUACUACAUCGACGGGAUCUGUAAUGUCGGACCCCACGUCCGGCACGAGCACGCCAUGGGAAGAUCGGGAAAUGGUUAUGGAUAUACCCAUUUCGAUGGGGGCCUAUCAAAUCGACGCAGAGGAUGAGCAGCACUUGAAGCUGCAACUUGUUAUCAAUGAGCUUCGGAAAGUGUCAAAGUUGAUUGAUGCGUUUGCGGGCCGAUAUUGCAGGGGAGCGCCCGGUGGCGACGGCAUCUAUGGCGCACUAGAAAAAUUCCUGAAAGCGGAGCUCAAGACAGCAUCCAAAGAACUCAACACUGCAUUACGGAACAGUGAGGACAUGUGAAUACUUGCAAAUGGGGAAGGAAUUUGGGUAUGUCGGGUUAGAUUUCAUUCGUUAUCUUGCAAGGCGUUUAUUGGUUUCGUUGGGGCUUUAGACUGUACAUAUACGAUUCUUACGAUCUUUUUCACACCCUUUUUAAUUUGGUGGCUGUCUGCAUAGUGUCUCUAGAUUUGAUUCGCACCUUUUAG